CCAUUUUGUAGUUGUGUGUUUCAUUUAGUGAAAAGUCGAGACGUCACAAUAAACUGGAUUGUUUUUGUCAAUGAUAUUACCAAAAUGUGUUUAUAGGGUGAAUUUUUGUGUUAAUACAAAUUGCAAAUAUAAACAGAUAUUAAAUCCAAUUCUAUAACAUAAGUAUAUAAACAUAUAUUGCUUAUGUGUACACAUCUGAAUACAUGUACGUAUUCUGUUUCAUCUGAAGUGGAAAAGCCAAUAUCUUGCUUUGCACUAGUGCACUAAUGCUUAUUUCGUAAAUAUUGGUUUUCACAAACUGCAACGGUUUUAUUGGGUGUGACAAACGGCUUCCACGAUCCAGGAAAAGUUACCGAUUCACAUUAUAAAAUACGAUAUCAUGCCUGAAACGUACCAUUGCUUACGAAUCAAUGUGAAAAAAAGGAGUUUUUUUACAACAGAUUUUUACUUUUUUUAAGGCAUCAAAAAUGAUUAUAGCAAGGAAAUUAGUAAAAAUUUAAACGAAAAUCGUAAUGAAAUCACAAAGCCCAAUACAUGUGCUUUAUCAGUAUUAAAAAACGAUGCAAGCGCACCAGCUGCUAUACUAAUUUGUGCUCAUAAAACGUUCACUGAAUGUAAUUGCAAAAUCAGCAGGUUAAAGCCUAGAUAUUUGGGCUCCAUUUUUAUCUCUAUCUUGUCCCGUAAAAUGAAUUUACGUCAACGUUAUGUCAAUUUUUUAUUUAUACUAUUAAUUGCAAUUCACCAUAUUUCCUUGUCGAAGUCAUUAUUAUUGGAGGAAGGAAAUUCAACGGGCAACAACAGAACCAUUUCACAAGAAAAGUUUAAUGGAAAUCAUAACUUCAGCAACAGCACUGGAAUCAACAUGAUUUCCGGGACAUCAUCUAUAGUGCAAAAGGAUUAUUUGGAAAAAUUAAAUAAUAUUGAGCGUAGUGUUGCAGCUGUUCUCAUUAAAGUAGCAUAUGGUACAACCUCAACAACCAAACGAAGCAUACCAGACACAAGUUAUUCACUAGGUCUAACUACUGUUGCCACACCAUUUUUAACCACACAGAGAUAUCACUCGUCACAUCAACAACAUGGUGUUGGUGGACGUCCGAAAAAUUAUGAACUAGACUUGGAGAGGGACCAUGCAUUGCCCACAUCUGCGCCCAACGCAGAUAUUUUAAAAAGUAAUAACAAUCCGACAUACCCGAAUCCAAAUCGCCACCAUUCACAUGAUAGGGAUCGUCACAGGAACGUUGUACUUCAUAGUUCGACGCCAAUACCAUCGAUUCCCAACCUGUUAAAGAAAAUAAAUGGAGCCCAGCCGCCAACAAUACCAAUGUAUCCUGGUGACAUUCCAUCAUAUUCUCCACCGUCUCGGGCCUUUUUCACACCUCCACUUCCACCAGAAUACCAAAACCCAUUUGCAGACAAGCCCACUUUACGAGGUACCAAUAACGAGGGUCUAAUUGCAGUGAAUAGGCGUCCUAUCCCACCGCCUAGUUUGAUGCCCAGCCAAGACCGAAUACCAAUUCGACCACCAGACCUGGGAAGCAAUAAUAACGACGCCGUUGUCAAUUCAAUGACGGACUUAAAUUACGCUCCGUCUGGCAUGGAUGCAAAGCAUCGUCUCGAAGAAAAUUUCGCCCAUGGAACAGUGUCAGAUAUAUCCGGAGUAGAGCGAAUAAAAGCUUUGAAUACACCAGCACGUGCCAGCGGAGAGGAAUAUUUAUACGAAAAGGCAAGUAGCGCAAAAGGUCAGGGAUCCUAUGAAGUGGAUGCCAUUGGUCCAAACAAAAGACAGGAAGUUUUACCUAAUAUUAGACGUAUUCUGGGAUCAAAAAAUGGUGACAUACCAGCGGUUUUAUUGAAGCACGUAACUCAGCGACCCAUAAUUACAUUGCGGCAACCUCCCUCUUCCCCAAUUGUACUGAUCGAAAAGUCAACAUCAAACGAGGAAAUCAUAGAUGCUGAUGCACCAUCCGUGGUUAGUCCUAACAUUAAUCAUAGCAAGUACCACCCCGGGCAGUUGGAGUAUUAUGAAAAUGCGACUGCAGGAACGACGCCAUCAGCAGCUGCUGCAAUAGGAGAUGUAUCAGCUACUUCAUUUUCCUACGCCACCACAAAUGCGGGUCAGCCAGGACAUACAGGAAAGACAACGGACGCUAUUAGGGAGCUUGGUACAGGCGUACCCGACCAGAAUCCUAUUGGGGCAGCUGCAGCUGCGACAGUACACACAACUUGGGCAUGGGCAUGGAAUAUUCACAUCUAUCUGUCGGUUGUACUCUUCACUAUUUUAUCUGUAUAUUCGCUUUACAAACUGCUUACCUAUAACAAGCUUACACAUUUGUUCGCACAGGCAUAUUUUGUGUGUAUUAAUCUGAUUCUGAUUAUGAUCUGCAUAUUGAGAAUAUUUUUCCUUUGCUUUGAUGCAUACAAUGUUCAUGGUAGCUUUAAUUUAUUUACUUCAGAGCUCUUUCUUAAUCUACCGUCCACAUUUUUAACAGUUGCUUUCUCUGUUCUUAUAUUGUUUCUCUUCCUUAAGUCCCUAAACCACAAAAAUAAUAGAUACUCUGCUCUGAUAAGACCGCUGACCGUUGUUGUGGGUUGCGGGGUCCACGUUGUACUUUGCAUUACAUUGCAUUAUGUUGAAUCCUAUACUUUAAAAAAUCAUCACUUAUACUUUCAACAACAGCAGCAACAGCAGUACUUUCGUCGGCAGCAACUUUAUAACCAACAAGGCCAGCCUACGGCUACAAUGUCUCCAUCGGCAAUUUUGCCACCACCGCCCCGGGUAUUAACUUUAAUAUGUCAGAUAAUUUAUAUUUUUAUAUGCCUGAGCCUAGGGCUGCUAUAUCUUUACAUAUACCGCAUUUUAAAACGCAUUCUUCGCAGCAAAUCUCAAAACUACAUACAUGGCUAUCAAAAUUUGUCUUACGCCAUUCACAUUACGAUUGCCACAGCUCUAUUGUUUGUACUAUUGGCAGCCCUUCAGAUAUUCGGUGCUAUAUAUAUUUCAUGUCGUCAUACAAGUAUUGUCGAUGUCGACUGGCUGCAAUGGGGAUAUCAGUUCUCUCUGCGUCUGAUAGAGAUAGCUAUAAUUACUUUAAUGUCCUGGGUAGCUGGACUAAAGACAAGUGUCGAGCACGAUUCUUUGAGUGCCGUUGCUGGAGAUGUUCGCAUGAUUGGUUCUGGUAUGGGUGCAUAUGGCCAAGAUGGUGGUACACCUAACAAUGCAAUCAGAGAAAAACAUGUCGGAAACGGCACAGGCACCCAUAACUCAAAUGUGACAAAUUUUUUCCUUCCGUGCACAUCAAGCUCUAGUCAGGAGCAUUUUGAAACUGACUACCCAGCUGUUUGCAAUGCAAAUACGAAUCUUCAUACAUACACAAUGCGGACAGGAAAACUUAUUUAUGAUGACAGUUACGCCCUUAAUUCUAUGGGACCAACAACAGCUACAACUUCAAACGCUCGUCCUUGUGAAUAUCAGCUACAGGAGCCUAUGUACCAAAGGCCAUAUGAUACGGGGUCAAUUGGAAGUACUUUAAAUCAACAACAUCAAUUAAAUCAAAUGCGUUUCCAAGAGCAUCCGACUUAUAUGAGUACGGACUACAUGACAGAUUCAGGACCAGAUCAUUACGAAAAUCCAAAUUUCAGUUUGCACAGUACUGCAACUGAACAAAAGCGAAGGGAUUACGAUCAAAAUGAAGUUUCUUUUAACUCAAAUUCUGGGGCUUUGCAGCAGCAAGUAGAAUUGUUGCAAAACAAUUGUUAUUCUGAACCACUAGAGCAGGAAAACAAGAGAUAUGAAUUUAACAUCUUUGAGCGACCGGUGUUUAAGGAAAAAUCAGUUCACAAUGUUCAGUCAAACAGUGAGUGUAUUCAAGACCGACAAAAAAUAACAAAUGGGCGCAAAAAAAAGUUUAACGGUGCACUUGAUCGGCAUGUCUUUGAAAGCAAGACUCAUGAGCGCCGCAGUUCGAAUUCAGCUAAUUCGUGCUCUUCAUCAAAUUUGGGAGGUGGUGGGCGAUUUGGAAGUUUUAAUUCAUUUGAACGCGGAUAUUUCAACGGCGUUUGCAAAAGUGGUACUAUAAGCAGUAUAGCCAAGGCUGGUGCUUUAGGUCGAACCCUUGAGUCACCAAUUGCUUCUGCUGAAACUCAACGAAUAGUCGCCAAUGGAUCGCAGACGUUAGGAAUACCAGAUAAAGAUAGACCACAGUAUUACCAGAGAGCAAGUGGACGUAAUUCGAACUUAAGGUCAUUGGAGAGUGAAACUGAACUGUUUAAAAGUAUGCCCAUAAGGGAGAACCAUCUACAACAGUUACCUUAUGGUCACAAUUCCGAGGAUGAAGAAGAUGAAGAAGAUGACACUAUAUCGGGAAAUAAUGUAGAGUGUACAAACUUGAUAAAUAACGAUCAUGGUUUUGUCAUUCCUGUUGAAGAUACGGCACCAAAUUCUAUAUCUAUGAACACAAAAACACCAUCACUUGCCGGGUCAGCGGCAACUAAAAAUUCCAAUUAUCGCGCACAAUUACAUAUGCCAAAUAAUGGAAAGCAUAGGUCGGAGUUAUGCACGACUUCAUCAGCUUCAGUGGCGUCUGCAUCUUCAAAUUCAUGCACAACAUCCAGUGCUUCUGAUAGUAUGCUUGUAGCAGACCAAGGCUUUCUACGAUUUCGGUCCAUAGACGAUCCAAAUUGUGUUCAAAACGGAAGUAAUGUAGAUUCCGAAAGGACUGCAGUUUUAUCCCUUCGUCUUAAAAGUUGCAGUGCGACGGUAAAUGGCAUCGAUUGCUAAGAUUUUUAAUUCCGACUCAUAGCUUUGCAUGUCAUAACGAUAACUAUCUUGUUUUAUAACUCACUAUCAAUCAAGCGCGGUUUUGAUUGUCCUUUUAUGUCAAUAAGUAGUAAAAUAGACGUUUUCAACUAUCUUCAAACUUGUGAUAUAUAAAUAUAUAACAAAACUAGCGAAAAGCAAAAUUAUAACCUAUCAUUCGAUAUAUAAUUAUCUAAUGCCUACUCUAAAAAAUAUAUAUUUAUUUAAAAUAUCAUUUUAGAAACGUUUUAAUACGAAACUCUAUAUUUGAUUUUCGCGUUGCAUAGAUGUAUUUUGUUCUAAAUCCAUUUCAUAAAACAAAAUUAAAACAAGCAUUCGCAACUGUAUAUUACGUCUCCAGCCAUUAAUUAUUUACCUAGUAAAUAUGUAUAUAAUAAUAUACUCAAUAAAAAGAUCACAGAAUUUCUACACGAAAACAUAUUAAUAAUGUAACAUACUGAUUAAAUUUAUUAUAAAAAAGUAUGCGGUCCGAUUAAUGCAGGAUACGAACUUGAAAAAUUAAAUAUAUAACAUGAUAUUUUUAGAUUAUGAUUUAAAAAUAUUUUGUAUUAUCAUUUCAGUUGAAUUUUUGCAGUUUGUAAAAUGAAAAUAAUUGAUUUUGUUCUCAUAUGUAUGGAACAAAAAUAUAAAAAAUAUAAUUUUGCCAGUUUAAAGUUCAUAAAAGAAAUAUUGGUUUUCAUGUAAGAUAAGUAUUUUAAAAAGGCCGUAUAACAUAAUAUUGCAAAAUAAGUUUUAGAGUCGUACAACUCUUAUAUUUAUCGGCUUAUAAAAAUAAAAAAAUUCUUAAGACUACAACAACCUAAAUUCGUUUAAUAUAAGUUAAAAGCCUGUUACAAUUAAACGUUAAUUACAUAGUACUGAUUAGUUAAGGGUAUUGCAUUUUCUAUUGUUAAAUCUUCCAAAAUAUACGGAUCCUUAUUAAUAAUUAUAUUUAGGUGUUCAAUUGUAAGAAUAUUAUUUUACUGUCGUAUUAGGAAGCCAUACAUAAAUUAUUAAUAUUAAAGAUACACUGUACAUAUUUUAAUUUUAAUAUGGAAUAUUAAUAUCUCUGAAUAAUAAUGAUAAGUAUUUACAAAGAAUAUUUCUGAAUUACAAUUAUUCAUAAACUUUGUACACAUUGAAAAAGAAGCAACAUGUAUGCAUGUUCUUGAAUGUAAUUACCUU